CCGACCAGUCAAAUCUCAUUUUUCAUACAACAAUAAAAACUCUCGCACUUAUGAACCCUAACUACUACUUUUGCUAGUACAAAUCUUGUUUUUAGUUUAUACACACAUCAAUCUCUAAGCUAACGACCCUUCAAGUUUUUCUUUCGCUUUUCGAUUUCAUCUUACAAAGUGGGUCAUAAAUUCUUGGGCAACUAAAACAAAUCUCUCCUCAAAGUCAUCUACCUUUUUUAAAUUCGUCUGUCUCUUUUUCUCCCCCACCUGCUGGUCUCUUCUUCUUCUAUAUACCUUCUCUUCCUUCCUCGGACUUCUCUGUCUACCCUUCUUUUUUCUUUCCCACCUUUUCUUUUUUUGGGUUUUUGCAGUUGGGGACUAGAAGGCUUUUGAUUUUCAGCUGGAGAUCAUGAUUAGGAUGACUGAUGAUUCUUCUGCUUCGUUUCUUUGCUAAUCUUAGUAUCUCCAAAGGGAAAUUGUUUAUUUUCUUUUUUUUUACUCUUUCUGACAUUAAUAUUCAGAUUCGAAUUUGAAAGUCGAGUGAAUAAUAUUUGAGAGAGAGUAAAGUUGGAAGAAUGGCUGUGCCGCCUAGUAGUAGGCUUCAGAAUAUGUUGCAGGCGGCGGUGCAAUCAGUUCAAUGGACGUACAGUCUUUUCUGGCAAAUUUGUCCACAACAAAGGAUCUUAAUAUGGUCAGACGGAUACUACAAUGGAGCAAUUAAGACAAGAAAGACAGUGCAACCUAUGGAGGUUAGUGCGGAGGAGGCGUCUUUGCAAAGAAGCCAACAGCUUAGAGAGCUCUACGAGUCAUUGUCUGCAGGAGAGACGAACCAGCCAGCCCGUCGACCAUGUGCAGCGUUGUCACCAGAGGACUUAACUGAGUCCGAGUGGUUCUAUUUGAUGUGCGUCUCCUUCUCUUUUCCUCCUGGAGUAGGGUUACCGGGAAAGGCAUAUGCAAGGCGGCAACAUGUAUGGCUUACAGGUGCAAAUGAGGUUGACAGCAAAACCUUUUCAAGAGCUGUUCUUGCCAAGAGUGCUUGUAUACAGACUGUGCUUUGCAUUCCUCUUCUUGAUGGUGUCCUUGAACUUGGCACUACAGAAAAGGUCCAAGAGGAUCUAGGGUUAGUCCAACAUGUCAAAACCUUCUUCAAUGAUAGUCAUAACCCAAUCCCUCCCCCACCAAAACCUGCUCUCUCCGAGCACUCCACCUCAAACCCCGCCACCUCAUCGGACCACACUCGCUUCCACUCCCCUUCCAUUCCUCCCACGUACGCAGCUGCUGACCCCCCAGUAAACGCUAACCAAGAAGACGAUGAUGAUGAAGAUGAUGAAGAAGAAGAAGAAGAUGACGGAGAAGAACCCGAAUCAGACUCUGCUGAAACAGGUCGAAAUAUCCGCGAAGUCCCCACACAAAACACUCAAGCAGUAGCAGCCGCAGCUGAGCCAAGCGAGCUAAUGCAGAUGGAAAUGUCAGAAGAUAUCAAGCUUGGUUCACCGGACGACGCAUCAAAUAACUUGGACUCAGAUUUUCAUAUGCUAGCCGUGAGUCAAAGCGGGAACCCAGCCGAACAGCAACGGCGAGCCGACUCAUUUAAAGCCGAGUCGAGUAGGAGGUGGCAAACGCUACAGGAACCGAUUAGCAAUAGCCUUCAACCACCUUCAUCAGGGCCUCAGCCAUUGGAUGAACUGUCACAAGAAGAUACCCACUAUUCUCAGACUGUCUCCACCAUCCUCCAAGGUCAAUCAACCCGCUGGGCUGAGUCAUCCUCAACCGGCUACUCCACCCAAUCAGCAUUUGCCAAGUGGACAACCCGUUCCGACUACCAUCUCCACGUUUCCGUCGAGGGCACGUCACAGUGGCUCCUCAAGUACAUUCUAUUGAGUGUACCAUUCCUCCACAGCAAAUACCGCGACGAGAACUCCCCCAAGUCACGUGACACCGACGCCGCUGCUCGGUUCCGCAGGGGAAUCCCUCAGGACGAACUCAGCGCCAACCACGUCCUUGCAGAGAGGCGACGACGCGAGAAGCUCAACGAGCGGUUCGUCAUAUUAAGAUCGUUGGUUCCAUUCGUUACCAAAAUGGAUAAAGCUUCCAUACUGGGGGACACCAUUGAGUACGUGAAACAGUUACGUAAAAAGAUUCAAGAACUGGAAACACUUAACAGGCAAAUGGAAGCUGAUAAUGAACGUUCGAGAUCAGCGGAUUCAAUGCAGAGAACGAGUAGUUUGAAGGAACAGAGAAGUGGGGUAACGGUGUCAGAGCGGGCACGAUCAUUGGGUUCGGGACCUCCAGGGCCGGAUAAAAGGAAGAUGAGAAUCGUCGAAGGGAGUGGAGGCGUAGCUAAGCCAAAGGCAGUGGAGUCACCGCAGCAGCAAACGGCAGAGACGUCAGUUGAAGUGUCGAUAAUAGAAAGUGACGCGUUGCUGGAGUUGCAAUGCGGGUACAGGGAAGGGUUGUUGCUUGAUAUAAUGCAGAUGUUAAGGGAGCAGCUUCGGAUUGAGAUAACAGCGGUUCAGUCGUCUGUGAAUAAUGGGGUGUUUGUAGCUGAGUUGAGAGCCAAGGUGAAGGAUAAUGUGAAGGGGAAGAAAGUAAGCAUAACAGAGGUGAAGAAGGCGAUAUAUCAAGUAAUACCUCAAUUCUAAUCAAUGUAAUAUUUUGGGAAGAGAUAAUAAAUUAAGGAGAUUAUUAGAUCCGCAUGCUGCAGCCUAGCUAAUACUACUUGACUCUAAUAAAUUAAGGUUUUUUAGGAUAUUGGUGAGGUUAAGCAGCCAUUCCUAUUGUAAUCUAACAUAACGGAUGAUCAAACCUCUUUCUCUUGUACAAAAAUUCCAAGUCAUUUUAAUUUGCACAUAAUACUACGUUCAAAUUCUAUCUAUGAUUGUCAAGGAAAAGGAAAAGGAAAGGAAAAGGGAGAUCAGAUCAUAUAAGCUCAGCAUAUGUUUUCCGGGCGAAAACAGAAAACUUUGUCGGUGCCAUGGAUUACG